AUGAAGAUACAUUACACAUAUAUACUCACUUUUCUAGCAAUAGGAUUUUCGCAGAGCGAUGCCUUCAAUACACGAGUAAAACGACAUGCACCGGUGACAUUCCAAAAGAGUAUGCGGCAAUCGAUUAUUUAUUUUGACUUUCUCGGACAGGAAUAUGUGGUGGAUUUGGAACCGAAUCACGCCGCUUUCCAUCAGAAUUUCAAGGUUUUCACACAAGAUGGUCCUCAAUUGAUUCCACGUGAAGAGUAUAUUGGGACAGUCAGAGAACCUCGAGUCGGGAAAGGAGUGUUGACGCAUUUGGAGGAUAACUUAUACAUCGGGAUAAUUUAUUUCAACAACGACACUCUACAUUUGGAACCAUCGUAUCCACAUGGUCUGCCAGAAGAUGUGGGGUCUAUUGUUGGAUAUUUUGGAUCGGAUGUCGACUCCAACCUGGAUCUCUCAGCUCUCCCAGUCCGCAAUCAGGUUUCCUUCCGUCCGCUCAAUCCACUCCUGAAACGAAAGCGAGCAGUCACUAUUCCAGUCCAAACACGAACCAACAUUCCAAACGAGAAAAGAAACCGAUGUUCCUUGAAAUUAGUCGCCGAUUAUUCAUUUUACUCGAUUUUCGGAAAAAACAAUACUGGAAUCGUCACCAAAUUUUUGGUUAACAUGAUCGCCAGAGUAAACGAAAUCUAUACACCAAUCAACUGGGACGGUGGUAGAGAAGAAGGCAUUUACGGCAGGGGAAAAUUUCAAAACAUGGGAUUCUCCAUUAAGGAAAUCAAAGUGCUCGACCGAGCGAAUGUCUCAGAUUCUCACUAUAACUCGUAUACGCGCAUAUGGGAGUCCGAAAAGCUGUUGAAGGAAUUUGCGUUUGCUGAGGGAUCCAAAGAGUUCUGUCUUGUGCAUCUUGUCACCGCCAGGACUUUCAAAGAGACUUCAACACUUGGACUCGCCUACUUGAGCUACAAAACAUGGGAUGACACCGCCGGAGGGAUUUGUUCGAAAAAAGAGACAUUCAAUGGAAGAGUUGCCUAUAUCAAUGUGCUCCUGUCGACUUGUUUUGCCAACUCGGAAGCCUCAACUUAUCCGCUGAUCACAAAAGAGAUUGAUAUUGUAGUUGCUCAUGAAUAUGGACACGCGUGGGGUGCAAACCAUGAUUCAACCAUUGACAGUUCUGACCCAGACGUUGAGGAUUGCAAUCCCAAUAAUCAAAACGGAGGGAGUUACAUAAUGAGUCAGUUCGCUCAAACUGGAUACGAACCGAACAAUGUGCUGUUCUCACCAUGCUCCAUGAAAGCGAUUCGUGAAGUACUCACAAACAAAUGGCACGGUUGCUUCCAAGAAGAGAUGACGUCAUUCUGUGGAAACGGAAUUGUGGAAGAUGGCGAGGAGUGUGAUAAUGGUGUGGAAACAGAUGAACAAGAUGUGAGCUGCUGUGACAAGUUCUGUCGUCUAGCUGUCGGUGCGAAAUGCUCUCCACUCAACCAUAUCUGCUGUACUACAACCUGUCACUUCCAUAACUCAUCUCACGUCUGUUUACCUGGAGACCCGUUGCUCUGUAAAGCUGAUGCCGUUUGCAAUGGCGCCACUGGAGAAUGUCCGCCAGCACCACCAGUGGAAGAUGAGCAAGAAUGUAUUGAAGGCGGAGAGUGUUCAAACGGAAUAUGCCUUCCAUAUUGUGAGAAGAAGAGUAUUGGAAAGAAGAGUUGCAUUUGUGAAGAUUUGGAUCUAUCUUGUCGCCGAUGCUGUCGUGAUCAGAACGGUACUUGCUCUCCAGUAUCCGAUCAUGUCUACCUUCGAGAUGGUCUCAAAUGUGCGAAAGGAACUUGUCGAAAUAAGAAAUGCGUUAACGAAGUGGUCGACAACGUGCGGAACUACUUCUUGUCACCAUUUCAAAGCACCAGUGGCCUGUUUGUAUUCCUCAAAACCCACAUCGUCGGCAUUGCCAUCAUCUUCAUCUCAAUAUUGUUUGGUGCAAUAUAUUGGAUAGUUUGGUGUAAUGAAAACGGCUUGUUGGAGCAACAAAAAAAAGAAGACCGUGCCCUUCCACUCCGUCAAAUCCACGUCAGCGCAGAUGGUGCAAACCAAGUUUUCAGUCAAUAG